CCGGGAACCCUUUGUCAGUCUUCAGGGCCAGGCUGGGAGGGAAGGGGCGGGGCAGCCCCUCCCGAAAAGAGGGACACCUCGUCUGGCAGCUGCAGCCGCAAGCGCCGGGGCGGGGGGCGGACGAGCGAGCGGGCGUCUCCGCGCCAUUACCGGCGGGCUCUCGCCUCUCCGUCCAGCCCCCCCGAGCAGCGGCGCCUCGCUCCACCCGCGGCUCUCCCCUCACCGCCCGCGGACUUCCUCGCCGUAGCAGGGCGCUGUGAAGGGAGCCGGGCGGCGCGAUUCCGCGGCGGCUUUCCUGCGUUCGCCGCGCCUGCCCGCUGAAGGGGCGGCGGCCAGGAGGGGUCAAGAGGCCGGCGCGCGUCCAGCCUCUCUCGCCCGGCGGUCCAUGUAGCCCGGCGCGGAGAAGCGACUGUCCCGUUCGCGCCAGCCCAGCCCAGCCGAGUCCCCACCGCCGCCGCCGCGAUGUCCUCCCCGGUGCGCUCGCCCCAUCGGACGAGGAAGGACGAGUCUUUCCUGGGGAAACUCGGAGGGACGCUGGGCAGGAAGAAGAAAGCCAAGGAGGUGUCUGAUUUGCAAGAAGAAGGAAAAAAUGCUAUCAAUGCACCGAUGUCUCCUGCUACAACUGAUCUUCAUCCAGAAGAUACAUUACUGGAGGAAAAUGAAGAACGUACCAUGAUAGAUCCCACUUCAAAGGAGGAUGCCAAGUUUAAAGAACUUAUCAAGGUCUUGAUUGACUGGAUAAAUGACGUCCUGGUUGAAGAAAGGAUAAUUGUCAAACAGCUUGAAGAAGAUGUCUAUGAUGGGCAAGUGCUACAGAAAUUGCUAGAAAAGCUAGCUGGUCGUAAACUAAAUGUGGCUGAAGUGACACAGUCUGAAAUUGGACAGAAACAGAAAUUGCAGACUGUACUGGAGGCUGUCUAUGAUUUACUUCGACCCCACGGCUGGACGAUCAAAUGGAGUGUAGACCUGAUCCAUGGCAAGAACCUGGUGUCCAUCCUCCACCUGCUGGUAGCUCUGGCUAUGCAUUUCCGGGCUACUAUUCGGCUCCCUGAACAUGUUUCUGUGCAAGUGGUCGUUGUAAAGAAGCGAGAAGGGUUACUUCAGACGGCCCAUGUGACUGAGGAGAUCACUACUACAACUGAAAUGAUGAUGGGAAGGUUUGAACGAGAUGCCUUUGACACACUCUUUGACCAUGCCCCAGAUAAACUAAGUGUGGUAAAAAAGUCCUUGAUCACUUUUGUAAACAAGCACUUAAACAAGCUGAAUUUGGAGGUGUCGGAAUUAGAAAGCCAGUUUGCAGAUGGCGUCUACUUGGUGCUACUGAUGGGUCUCCUUGAAGAUUAUUUUGUUCCUCUACAUCACUUCUUCUUAACACCUGAAAGUUUGGAUCAGAAGGUUCACAAUGUCUCCUUUGCUUUUGAGCUGAUGCAAGAUGCCGGGCUCAAGAAACCAAAAGCGCAACCGGAAGAUGUUGUGAACCUGGAUCUCAAGUCCACCCUGAGGGUUUUAUACAACUUAUUCACGAAGUACAAGAAUGCAGAGUGAAUGAAGUUCUCCAGAGACUGCAAGGAGUGGGACAGGAAACUGCUUUUGAUUUUUCCUUCCUAUGUUUUGUUGUAUUUCCAGUCAGUUUCCUAACUUGGUGGCUUUCAGUUGGGUCGGUAGGCAGUUCCUAUUAUCUCAAGGGAGUGAGACCGGUUCAAGAAUGAAAGCUGUUGUCCAAUAAUCUGGAAGCAACCAGGUUGGGAACGGCUGAUUUCUGUUUGCUUUUUGUGUUGUAAACCCCUCCGUGCUCUGAGCCCAUUUGGAAAUGAAAUUUUGCUCCCUGGAAUAUCCGUGUUCUACUUUCGCCUGCUGCAGAACUUCCUUACAAUCUCCUCUGUGGUUAUUCCAGCAGUGGGGGUUGCAAAAGGCCUGGCAUUGUUGAGAAGAAAGUGCCCUGUCUGGAGCUUGGCAUGGGUUUAGUCUGAGCUCCACAUCUCACUUCUGAACAUGUUUUGAUAAAUUGCUCCAGUCCCAUCACCUUAAGAGUGUAAUGGAAGUAACACUGACCUUCUUGACAAGGUCAUUGUAGCGCUCGCAAAGGGCAAAAGCUUAUAGGAAUGCUAAUUGUGAUGUGGCAGCUGGUUUUUUUUAAAAUGUAUUCUAGAUGAGAAUGAUAGAGAGCCAUUUGGGAAAAGAGAGCUCCCGUUUUCCAGAUUUUACAGGAGUGAUUUUAUCUCCUUUUUGCUGUGAUUUAGACACAUCUAGGCUUUCUUUUCAUCUUUUGGGGGGCUCUGAUCUAAGGCUCUUUUCUAAAUCUUUGACUGCAUUGCUUCCUUUUUGAUAUCAUCUUAUCCCAGGACUUCACUCCGUAUAUUGUAAAUCUCUGAUGGCAUAGUUGCCUGUUUUGAAUAAAACAGAUCUUUUCUGAUGAAAA